AUGAAUGAUAGCGUAUCCAUACUGGUAGCCGUAUUUCUCAUUCUGAUAGCCCUACGUUGGAUGCUGGGUGGCAACAACCCGAAUAAUCAACAGCAACAAGGUCAAAGACGCACAACAACAGGCACCAGAAGAAUGCAGCAUCGUGUCACUCCUCAAAUGAUUGAAAUGGUGCGUGCCAUGUUUCCCGAUAUCCCUACUGCUGCCAUCGUGGCCGACCUUCAAAGAACAGGAUCUGUAGAGACAACAGUUGAUAAUGCACUCCGUGAUGGAGGUCUCCCUCUUCCAUCUCCAAUGCCAUCGCAGCAAGGCUCACCCAACUCCUACGCAACGAACACCUCAUCCACUGCCUCCAGUAGUCGCAAAUCACCUAGUCAUCCCAAUUUAGUCCAGAGAUACAAGAUUGAUGUGCAACAAGAUACAGAUCAAGAGCCACCCAAGGUCUGGGAGGCCAGUCCAGACAAGCGACAAGAGAUGCUGAGAAAACGCAAAGAAUUCAUGGUGCUUCAAGCCAGAAAGAAAUUGAUGGAGCAACAGCAAAAGAAGAAGCAGGAAUCCGCUGUGGAGCAAGGAUCAAGUAGUGCAGCAGCAGGAGCAACGUCUAGUAGCAUACCAGUGGCAUCCACUGCAGUGGCAGUAAACCAAGAAGAAACUGAAGAGGCAAAGACGUUUGAGGAUAUGUCUGUCGAUGAAUUAAACACACUUUCCCCUGAGCAACGCAGAGAUCACAUGCUGCAAGCUUUGCAAAAACGAACCAGCAGUUCCUAA